AAAGCUUCCGUUCUGGAAUCGUCGCCGAAAACCCACCUGGCACUCCCCUUAAACCACAUACCACAUACAUACCCAACGCAUUUUUUGUUUACUUGUUUUACCUCACUUCACACUUCUCCUCUUGUAGUUCUGGGGUGUUUUUUUUCUCCCUCCCUAAUACUUCUUAAUGGCCUCCCACAGUCCCGACGAAGCAGCGUCGCGCAGCUUCCCGCAGGACCCCUCCGAAUUCGACAGCGACCCGCGGAUCUCCUUCUCAAAGCUCAGCAACAAGUUCAUCCUCGAGACGGAUGAUGGCCAGGAAUUCGAGUUCGAUUCGGCGCUCAAACGAUGGGUCCAGACGGUAGAUGAAGAUUUGCUCCAGCAACAACAGGAAGCGUACAAGGUUGCAGGGGUGGACGAGUCGGAAGAAGUGAACAGGCAGACGUUGAAGAAGAAGCGGAAACAACAGGAUGAGAGCCAGCAGAAGCCAAAAAAACAACGCGUCAACACCGCCGUCUUCGUCACCUCCAUCCCCCUCGAUGCGGACUUUGAAGAGAUUCGCGAUGUCUUCUCCAAGUGCGGCGUGAUAGCCGAGGAAAUCGACAGCGGUCGACCGCGCAUCAAGAUGUACAUGGAUGACACGGGCGCCUUCAAGGGAGAAGCCCUGGUGGUGUAUUUCCGGCCGGAAUCGGUCAACCUCGCGGUGCAGAUGCUGGACGAUUCGGACUUUAGAUUAGGCGUCACCGGCCCCUUGGGACCCAUGAGAGUGCAAAUCGCCGACUUUUCCUUCAAGAGCCAGCAGGAGGCGCCGGCCAAGAUCAGCAUGAAGGAUAAGAAGAAAAUCAUGCGGAGGACGCAGAAGCUGAACAACAAACUCGCUGAUUGGGAUGACGAUGACCCGUCUGCUUUACCGGAUACCUCCUCGAGGUGGGAAAGAGUCGUUAUACUGAAGCAUAUGUUUACAUUGAAGGAGUUACAGGAGGACCCAGCGGCCGUCCUCGAUAUCAAACAAGAUAUCCGGGACGAGUGCUCUAGAAUCGGCGAGGUGACGAAUGUCGUUCUAUUUGACAAGGAAGAGGAGGGUGUGGUGAGCGUGCGCUUCACAGACCCCGAAGCUGCAAUGCAAUGCGUCAAGGUUAUGGAUGGCCGGUUCUUCGCAGGGACUCGGGUUGAAGCAUAUAUCGCCGAUGGGAGCGAGAAAUUCAAAAAGACCAACGAGAAACGAGCUGCCCUGGAGGACAUGGCCGAGCGAGGCAUCUAUGCAGAGGACGAGGAAGAGAACCAACGGCUCGACGAGUUUGGCACUUGGCUUGAGAGCGAUCGUGUGGUCGAGAACACUGCCAAAUAAUGACAUGGC